UGCGCGCGCUGGAGAGGCCCCAGUCAGCGCGCAGAGGUUUGGGAGACGGUCGGAUGGAGUUUUGCGUGUUUUUUUCUUUUUCUUUUCUAUAAUUUCCCUAAACGCGUCUGGGUGCCAUGGAUUGUUUAAGUCGCUCAAGUUUUCUCGCGGGCAAAAGGAUUACGUUUCGAACGCCAUGAAGGAUUAAUAUUUGACGACAAAUAUGGUUUGAUUAAGAGGAAACUUUUGACUAGACCCGUGUGAGCUCGUGAUGGAGCGGAGAAAGAGGAGCCGCUGCUCGGAAUGGCACGCGCUCUGGCUCGUCCUCUCCACCCUCAGCUGCCUUUCAUGCGCGUCAGCAGAGCUCCGCUAUUCCGUGGCCGAAGAGCAACAACCGGGCUCUUUAGUCGGGAACAUAGCGAAAGACUUGGGGCUCACGGUUCAGAAGAUUAGUGAAAGGGAAAUGGUCGUUUAUCCAGACCCCAGCGCUCAGAAUUUUGAGAUAAACUCAGUAAGCGGUGCCUUAGUCAUUAAAGAGACCAUCGACAGGGAGCGCAUGUGUGGGCUGAGUUUAACAUGUUCUUUACACCUUAAAAUAGUUCUCCACAAUCCUUUAGAGAUGAAGCGCGUCGUUGUAGACGUUGUUGAUGUAAACGACAACUCGCCGCAGUUUCCGGCUCGUAACUCGUCGCUGGAGGUCUCGGAAGCGGCCGCGCCGGGAACCCGGUUCCGGCUGGAGAGCGCGCGCGACCCCGACGUGGGCGUUAACUCGCUGCGGACUUACCGACUCGAGCCGAACCACUUCUUCUCGUUGAACGUCGAGACGAAAAGCGACGACAGUAAGGUUCCCGAGCUUGUGCUGGAGAAGGCUCUGGACCGCGAGACGCGCGCCGGCUUUCGUCUCCUGCUCACGGCGGUGGACGGCGGACAGCCGGAGAAAUCCGGAACCACACUGCUGCUGAUCACCGUUUUGGAUGUGAACGACAACGCGCCCGUUUUCGCCGAGCCUGUGAAACUGGUUAGCCUUUUGGAGAACUCCCCAAUUGGCACUGUUGUGGCUAAAUUAAACGCCACUGAUUUAGACUCGGGGACGAACGGAGAUAUCUCUUUUUUAUUCAGCAAAUACACACCAGAGAGGAUUCUCAAGGUUUUUGAUGUGGAUGCGAAAACAGGAGAACUUCGGGUUAUAGGCGAAGUGGAUUAUGAACAGGCGAAUGUAUAUGACAUCACUAUUCAGGCAAGGGACGGGGGAUCUCCUGCCAUGGAGGGUUCAUGUCACAUCAAAGUGGAAAUAUUGGAUGUGAACGAUAACAGGCCGGAAGUGACGUUAACAUCCCUCACUAGUCCAAUCAGCGAGGAUGCACCGACAGGCACGGUCAUUGCUUUGAUCAGUGCAAAGGACUUAGAUUCAGGGAAAAAUGGAGAGGUGACAUUAAAAGUUUCUCCUGGACUGCCGUUUAAACUGAAAUCUGCUUUUGGAGAGCAUUACACCCUCGUUACAGAUGGCCCUUUGGACAGAGAAACCACCCCCGAUUACACAAUUGUUUUGACUGUCACGGAUGCUGGUUCUCCUCCAUUGUCCUCCACAAAGACUUUUGUAGUCAGUCUUUCUGAUGUGAAUGAUAAUGCUCCAGUAUUCUCACAGCCAUAUUACUCUGUUGACAUUGUGGAGAAUAAUGCCCCCAGUACCUCCUUAGUGACAAUGUCAGCCUCUGACCCAGACUUAGGUGAUAAUGCCCGUCUGACAUACUCCAUCUUGUCCUCUACAAUCCAUGGCAGCCCUGUCUCCUCUUAUGUCUAUAUCAACCCAGAGAAUGGCAAUAUCUUUACCAUGCGUGCAUUGGACUAUGAGCAGAUGAAUGCAUUUAAGAUUGAAGUACAGGUGCAGGACAGCGGAGUCCCGCCACGUAGCUCUAAUAUCACUGUACAUGUUUUCGUCAUCGACCAAAAUGACAAUCCGCCCAUCAUACUUUAUCCUGCUAACUCUGGUGACUCUGGCCUCCAGCUCACCAUGCCCCGCUCUGCCCCUGUCGGCCAUCUUGUGAGUAAGAUAGUUGGUUAUGACCCUGAUAGUGGGCACAACGCAUGGCUAUUCUACAGUAUUGCACCCGGCAAGGAUUCAGAAUUUUUCCGUAUUGGAGUGCACACAGGUGAGCUUCGGACUUCAAGGAAACUGACUGAGGUUGAGGCAGGGAGCCAUGAUCGCUUAUCAUACAGCUUUGUGGUAGUUGUUCAGGACAAUGGACAGCCUAACCAGUCCACCAGUGCUUCUGUCACCAUUACCAUAGAGGAGAAGAGUGUAGACCCAGAUGUAGAUAAUAGUAAAACAUCAUCUCGUAAAACAGGUGGAAUUCCAGACAUAAGCCUGUACCUCAUAAUAUCACUGGGCUGUGUGACUCUAGUAUUUCUUGUGACCAUUGUGGUGCUGCUUGUGCGGUGCCUUAGAAGCAAAGAUGACCUGACCUGCUGCUACUCCAGGAAAGGCUUCCGUUCACGCCAUGGCUACCAGCAGCGUUCCCAUAAGGACCUUCACCUCCAGCUGAACACAGAUGGGCCCAUUCGGUACAUGGAGGUGGUGGGGGGGCCCCAGGAUCCCCACACACGCACAUACAGGCCUUGUUACUCCACACUUUCCAGCAGGAGCGACUUUGUGUUUGUUAAGACUCCUCUACUGAGCCAUAACAACACGUUAAACAUGACUCUUACCCGGAAGCACUUAUUAAACUCAGCUAAUGAGCAAAAACCCCCCAAUGCUGACUGGCGUUUCAACCAGAACCAGAGACCCGGACCCAGUGGUCACCACAAGCUCAGAUCUGCCUUUUUAAGAUCAGCGUCACCCCACAAGCCAAGAGCUGCUGCCACUCCAGAGGUUGCCAUGGCAACCGGACCCUGGCCAAACCCCCCAUCUGAGGCUGAACAGCUCCAGGCACUGAUGGCUGCCGCAAAUGAAGUGAGUGAAGCCACUAACACACUGGGUCCUGGCACCAUGGGCCUGAGCACACGCUACAGCCCCCAGUUCACCCUGCAGCAUGUUCCUGACUACCGACAGAAUGUCUACAUCCCAGGCAGCACUGCCACACUCAGUGCCAACUCCCAGCAGCCCCAGCAGCCUCCUCAGGCACUGCCUGCUCCACAGGUCACCAGCGCACAGGUCGAGCCACCCAAAGCACAGACCCCUGCUAGCAAGAAGAAGAUCAUCAAGAAAGAGAAGAAAUAAAGUGUGGUGUCUAGGAUGAGGUUUUGCUUUAGGUGAUUUGUUUAAGGCAGACUAUCAAGGUUCUGGAUGGAUAAAUACUUGUGUUUCUGCACACAUUGGUGAGCUUUUGUGCACUUGUAUGAAGUAUAAAUAAGAAAUCAGUGUGCAGCUCCAGCUUUUAUUUUAUUUUUUUUAUUAUGAUACUUUGAUAUUGCAUUCAUUUGAAACCUACCACUGAAUACUAUGUAGUAUAAGCACCUGUGGCUGGAUUAGUGUAUGUAACAAGCUCACAUUGGGAUUAAAUUUUCAUUUGAUUUCUGAUCAGUUUGAAUGUUCCUAAGGUUGAAAGAGUGAACUCAGAUGCUGGUUGAUAUAUAUUUUUUAAGCUUUUAAAGGACAGAACUUUAGAUAUAUCUAGUCAUUACAGUAUAUAACAGUAGAGAAAGAACCUGUGGCCGUUAUCCUAAUGACAAUAAUGUGCUUGAAUUUGCAUUAGAGAUAUUUCAUUUCGAGCUGCAUUUGCUGCUCAUAUUGAGAAAGAUGAUGUGAUGUUACAGGUUUUAUAAAGAAAAAAAAAAGUUUAUUUUUGUGCUGUGCUUUGGUUCUCAUUUUUGGAUUUUAUGAUCAUAACAGAUUUUUUUUUCUUUUUAAAUCUUUGCUGGAAUUACAGGUAAUCAUUUUUGCAUGAUGCAGAACAUCAUAUAAAAACAGUAGGUUUAACUAUGCAUUGCAUGCCUGAGGGAAAAUUUAAAAAAAAGUAGAGAUUUGAUGGAAUACUUUUCUUUUGUUUUUGAGCUCGACUCUUAUCAUGGAGUUUGUCUGUAGAAAUUUACAGACAAAAUAGGACUCAAAUGCUAAAGAAAUUGCUGCCACAUACCCCACAACAUCUAUUACAGAAAAAACGUAUACACAUUUAUCAGCUUUAAUGGGGAGGUGUUUUGUUCUGGCAGAAUAACCCAUGAAACAGAUGCUUAUAGUGAAGAAAUCUGUUUAUAAAAAAUGAAUGUGACUGAUUAGUGCUGAUUAAUUACCCGCGAAUCAGAAUGUCUACAACUUUCUCUGAUCACCAAAUAAUCCCUUCUCUUUUUAUUUUUUUCUCCCCUUUUAUUAUUAUCGUGCCACUCAAUCUACAUUUGGUAAAUAACUUCACUUGUAAAUAGGUAACAGUCAAUGCAGACACAUCCAUAAAAAACAAUCAACUCAAUUAUUUCUUUUUUUUUUUUUUAUUUGAGCCUGAAUCACAGGCUUACUACUGGAAUGUGUUACAUAGUGUUGGGUUUUUUUUUUUAGUAAAAAUGAAAAAAAUAAACAAAUAUAUAAAUAAAGACAAGGAGCAUAAAGAAAAUGAUCAGGCAAAUUGUUGCUGUUGCAAAAGGUAGUUAUUUAGCACAAGAAGGCCAACUAACACCACUUGUAAAUAAAGAGAUUAACUUUUUUAAAAAGAAAAACACGUAGUCUAGAUACCUGUGAUGUUUGUGCAUAUAUUUGUUUUUUUUCCCUCUCCUUUCUCUUUUCUCUCUGAUCAACCUUGAAUGCAUAGACACUUAAAUAAUAAAAGCCUUCCUAAUUCUGUCAAUUCAUUCUUCUUUCAGGAUUUCUGUUGUGCAAGAUUGUUUCCUAAUGUCUAUAUAAAGAAACAAAUAUAAAUAUUAUGUGUGUUUGUGUGUCCUGCCAAUAGCAUAAUGCUCUGUACCCAGUUUAACACCAUCCUUAUAAAAUGCUAAUACUCCCACCUGCUUCUCAGUGUUACACUUAUUUUAUAUGCUAAUAUUUAUAUUGCUGUUUCAUUUCUUGAACACUGACAUUUCAAAUAAAAUGUUCUGAAAAGGG